AUGUGCUCAUAUACGUACUCUUGGUAUUACUGUAAUCAUGACUAUUAUAUCUGGGCCAACUCAAUGGAAGUCUGUUCCUCGCGUCUCCUUUCUGGCUACUCGUAUGACGCCUGGAGUAUCGACAUGUGCAGAAACAUGACCGUCUCCUGUGGUGGCUUCUCAAAUUACUAUUGCACCGACUGCUCCGAAGAUGUCUGUUUGGAGUACCAAUUGGACGAACUGUAG